AUGGUGCAGAAAUCCCGCAACGGCGGGGUGUACCCCGGCCCGCAGGCCGAGAAGAAGCUAAAGGUGGGCUUUGUGGGGCUGGAGGCGGGCUCGACGGAGUCCAACCGAGACGGCGCGCUGCUCAUCGCGGGCGCCGAGGCGACCAAGCGCGGCAGCAUCUUGAGCAAACAACGCUCCAGCAUCUCGGGGAAGAGGCCACCGAAACGCAACGCUUUCUAUCGACGCCUGCAGAAUUUCCUCUACAAUGUGCUGGAGAGACCGCGCGGAUGGGCGUUCAUCUACCACGCUUAUGUUUUUCUGCUGGUCUUAUCGUGUCUGGUUCUGUCCGUGUUCUCCACCAUUAAAGAAUUCGAGAAGAGUUCUGAAGACGCGCUGUACAUACUGGAAAUUGUAACCAUUGUGGUUUUCGGAGUGGAAUACAUUGUUCGGAUCUGGGCUGCUGGAUGUUGCUGUCGAUACAGAGGAUGGAGGGGGAGACUCAAAUUCUCCAGGAAACCGUUUUGUGUUAUCGAUAUCAUGGUGCUGAUCGCCUCUAUCUCAGUGUUGGCGGCCGGGACGCAGGGGAACGUGUUUGCCACCUCUGCAAUCAGGAGUCUCCGAUUCCUCCAGAUCCUUCGUAUGAUCCGCAUGGAUCGCCGCGGAGGAACCUGGAAGCUCCUGGGAUCUGUCGUCUACGCUCACAGCAAGGAACUGAUCACCGCCUGGUACAUCGGCUUCCUGUGUCUGAUUCUGGCCUCGUUCCUGGUGUAUCUCGCUGAGAAAGAAGACAACGAGAUGUUUGAAACCUACGCCGAUGCUCUCUGGUGGGGUCUGAUCACCCUGACGACCAUCGGCUACGGGGAUAAAUAUCCAAUAACCUGGAAUGGGCGUCUCCUCGCAGCGACCUUCACCCUGAUCGGCGUGUCGUUCUUCGCACUUCCUGCGGGAAUUCUGGGUUCUGGAUUUGCCUUGAAAGUUCAGGAACAGCAUCGACAGAAGCAUUUCGAGAAACGCAGAAAUCCAGCCGCUGGCCUCAUUCAGGCUGCCUGGAGGUUUUAUGCCACAAACCUGAAUCGCACAGAUUUAUAUUCGACCUGGGACUAUUACGAGAGAACUGCCUCAGUACCCAUGUACAGGUCUGUGUGCCAACACUUCCUGUGUGUUUACAGACUCAUCCCUCCACUGAACCAGCUCGAUCUACUGAAAAACCUGAAGAGUAAAUCUGGCCUCUCCUUCAGGAAGGAAAACCAACCCGAACCGUCUCCAAGCCAGAAGGUGAGCUUGAAGGAGCGUGUGUUUUCCAGUCCAAAAAACUCUGCGACUAAAGGGAAGAGCUCCCCUCAGGGCCAGCAGCCGCUGCGACGCUCGCCCAGUGCAAACAGCAUCGAGGACAGUCCCUCCAAAGUCCCCAAGAGCCUCAGCUUCGGUGACCGCGGUCGGGCUCGACAGGCCUUCCGCUUUAAAGGAGCCGCGUCGCGCCAGAACUCGGAAGAGGUCAGCCUGCCUGGAGAAGACAUUGUUGAUGACAAUAAGAGCUGCCAUUGUGAGUUUCUCCCUCAGGAUUUAACGCCAGGAAUAAAAGUUACCAUCAGGGCUGUGUGUGUUAUGCGGUUUAUGGUGUCCAAGAGAAAGUUUAAAGAGAGUCUGCGGCCGUAUGAUGUGAUGGACGUCAUCGAGCAGUAUUCUGCCGGACACCUGGACAUGCUGGCGAGAAUUAAAAACCUACAGUCCAGGUUAGAUAUGAUAUUGGGUCCUCCGGGUCCCAGCACCCCUCGCCAAAAGAAGUGUUCAACCAAAGGAGGCAAAGAGUCGCCCCAGUACCCUUCUAGAGUGGAUCAGAUUGUUGGUCGAGGGGCUCCAAUCACAGAUAAAGAUCGUCCUAAAAGCUCCACAGAGGUAGAGCUGCCUGAAGAUCCCAGCAUGAUGGGUCGACUCGGAAAAGUCGAGAAACAGGUGAUGUCAAUGGAGAGGAAACUGGAUUUUCUGGUGAACAUCUACAUCCAGCGCAUGGGCAUCCCACAGUCUGAGACGGAUGCUUACUUUGCUUCUAAGGAGCCCGAACCGGCUCCUCCAUACCACAGUCCAGUGGACCAUAUGGAGAAGAGAGGCUCCAUCACCAAAAUCAUCCGCUCCAACAGCUCCACCUGCCAGAAGAACUUUGGCCCUCCUUCCUUGGCCUUUAUCAACCACCACUGCCCACCCUCAACAUCCUGGCACCCUCACACCCUCCCGGAACCCAGCCAACGGGGCAGCCAGGGCACAUCACCCAUGGGCGACCCAUCGCUAGUCCGUAUCCCUCCACCUCCAGCCCACGAGCGCUCAUCGGGUGGACACAACGGAAGCUCUCGCGGGGCCGGACAGCACCAUUCUCGUGGGGGUGAAAACAGGGUUGAGCAGCCCAGAGCCGAGAGUGACACCUCAUUAUCCAUCCCCUCGGUGGACCACGAAGAACUAGAACGUUCCUUCAGUGGCUUCAGCAUCUCACAGUCCAAGGAGAACCUGGACUUCCUCAACAACGCCUACUUUGGUGGCGUGUCACAUUGCGCUAAACGGAGGCCCUACAUUGCAGAGGGCGAGUCGGACACGGACUCUGAUCUGUGCGCCCCGUCGCCCCAUUCCGCAACUGGUGACGGCGCCUACGGUGACAGUGGCUAG